CGAGCUCAGUGCCCGAGACUAUGUGCUGCUUUAAUUGACACAUUUUAUAAGGGUGGUCGUGAAAAGAAGGAAAAUUAUGCAGCGGCUAUCGUAACAGCCGUCCGAAGACUUUAUAUGAUAUCACAGGAUUUUUUUCAGCCUCUUAUUUAUUUGACCCUCAACGACAAUGCUUUACUUUCAGUUGGUGAUCAUGGCAGGAACUGUCAUGCUGGCAUAUUACUUUGAGUAUACCGAUACUUUUAACGUGCACGUGCAGGGCUUUUUUUGUCAUGACAACGCCUAUACAAAGCCCUAUCUCGGAUCAGAGGAAUCCAGUGCGAUCCCUCCUGCUAUCCUGUACGCGGUGGUCGCAGGGGUCCCCGCACUUGUGAUUACAGUGACAGAGUCGGUGCUCUUCUUGCUGCAGUAUGUCUCUGAGGAUCUAGACAACAGAGAGAAGAUUAUUGUGAUGGGGGACUGUUGUUACCUCAACCCUCUGGUCCGAAGGACAUUUCGCUUUCUCGGUGUGUACGCAUUUGGCCUUUUUGCCACAGAUAUCUUUGUUAAUUCCGGGCAGGUGGUAACAGGAAAUUUGUCUCCGUACUUCCUGACGGUGUGUAAACCCAACUACACAGCACUGGGGUGCCAACAGGUGGUGCGUUUCAUCAACCAACAGGAAGCCUGUACAGGCAAUGAGGAUGAGAUCUUACAUGCUCGAAAGUCCUUCCCAUCCAAAGAGGCAGCCAUCAGUGUCUACGCUGCUCUUUAUGUUGCUAUGUACAUCACAUGCUCAGUGAAGGCCAAAGGGACACGGCUGGCCAAGCCAGUGCUCUCUCUGGGGCUCAUGUGUCUGGCGUUUAUAGCAGGGAUUAAUCGCGUCGUGGAGUACCGCAACCACUGGUCUGAUGUCAUCGCUGGCUUUAUCAUCGGAGGAGCCAUUUCAGUCUUUAUGGUGGUGUGUGUGGUGAAAAAUUUCAAAGGAAAGCCCUUACUAGAUGAGAUACCGCCGGAGGAGAGUGUGUCCAGUGGUCCUGUGCUCACUCAGCCUAGGAUGGAAGACAGCAUGGAGAAAUACAUAGCCUCCCAGAAUCCCAUCACCUAUGCUGAGAUCACAUGACAAUUGAAAGACGUCCAGUCAAAAGUUGUGGAUAUUGUUGCUGCUCUUUGAUGCAACACCUUACUUUGAGUGCAAGGUCGAUACGUGCUAUUUUUACAUUUCUAUUUUCAAGUGUGUGAAAAAAUUGUCCUCCUUGUUAAACUUUUUUUAACAGUUAUGCCAGGGCCGCAUCUCUAUUUUUAUAUGAAUUUAUCACUGUUGACAUUUUUGUGGUUGAAAGUGAAGGAAAUUUAUACAUGAUGUCCACGGAAAUGUGUUUAACAUGUCCCGAUGUACAACAUCAUCUUUGUGUCCUUUAGAGCUGAGCAAUAUACCCAAAAUUUGAUCUUGAAAUCAAAACUUGAUUUCUUUCCAAAUUAUUUCUGAAGCAUGAUAUGAAUCUUGAUAUUUUUGCUUUUGCUCUUGAAUAAAGGUGAUUUUCCUUUGCCGUAAUCAAUGAGGCAUGAAUAUUCAUAGAAUAUUCAAAGUGUUUACUGCAGAUACACUAAAAAUGCAGAUCUAGUUAUUAUUAAAUGACCACAUGUAAAUGCUGCUUAAGUAGAUGAAAGAGACUGUGCUUUAUGCUACAUAGGAAGUCCAAAGGUGGAGUGAAAUCGCCUAUGAAUCCUAUUUUUAAUCAACAUGCGAUAUUCACAAUAUUCCAUAAUUUCAUAUUUUAGUACAAAUAUUUUAAUAAUAUUUAGUUUCUUUUCUGAUGUUCGGAGUAGUAUACAAUUAUAUAUUUUUUUGCUCUCACUACAACAUGUCAUGUUAACAUCUGCCAAAUGUUUACUAAGCGAAUGACUUUUUCCAGAACAGCAAAUUAUCAAUCGGAAUGUCUCUUUACCACCCGAGUUGAGGAAUUGUUGAGAUCUCUUGACUGUAACAGGACUGAUGUGUGGUACAGUAGGUCAAGAUUUUACAGAAUUUUAAAAAGAGACAUAAAAUCAAGAACAUUUUCUUUUCUGAGUUGACAUUUCUUGCUGAAAAGUACGUUUGAGUUUUCUAAAUAUCCAAUAGGCUGGUACAUCACAUACAGUACCUGGUAUAGGGGAGCAUUCUUAUUUUAGAGCAUUCGAUUGGACACAAAUCCAAUAUAUUAAGCUUAUAAACAUGGACUAAAAGCCUCAAAAUGUCAAUUUUUAAGGUGGACAUGAUAAGCAGGAGUCAUAAUUGAUUUUGAUGUCAUUAACGCAGAGAGCACCUUGGCAAGGCUGAUGGAUUUAAUUGUGACUGGCAAUUGAUUACAAUAGAUUAGAUGCUUAAGCUUUGCCCAAAGAGGCUGUGAUGAGUCUUUCUUGGUUGUGUAUAAUGUUGCUUUGUGUGCUUUUUCCCCGGUGUGUAUGUACAUGUUUGUGCUUAUUUGUGAGUCUGUCCUUGAUGUCGCCUCUGUGAGAAUGCAGUCUGUAGUGGGUAAUAGAAGGUCAUUUUUUUCUCCCUCUCUUUUCAAAUAAUCAUCACUCAGAGCUGGAAUAAUACUUACCUGUCAGACAGAGAGAAACAGAGAGACACAGGGAGACAGUAUGAAAAACAAACAAAUGUAUUAUGUUUGUAUCAGUCAGAUCAUGUAGAAAUAGCAAUAUUACAAGUUUGUAUAAAGUUUGUGGCGUCAAAGGUCUGAAGUAUUUGUUGAUUUACAUUCUGUAGUUAUUUUAUUAAAUUCAUGUAGUAUUAUUGUUUGUCCUGAACCCCAUGCACACUGAUACUGUUUGAGAUUUUGUUCUAUUCAUGAAUGCACCUUUUUGAAGCUUGGUAAGUUAUUUUAUGUCAUUUUAUUGCAUACGUGAUUUCCAUCUCAUUUGGUUUGUAAAUGUAAUUGAUGACUAAAACACAAAAGUUGUGAAUUAAAUUUUUGAUCGUGUAAACAAAAGCCCUAAAGCAUAUUGUUUGUAUGUUGGAAAUAUUUUUGAACAAUUAUGUGUUGAUGGUCUACAUCAGUGACCUGAAAGAAUGGAAAACGGAUCUUCCUCAAGCCUGAGGUAUCAAACGCUAAUAAAAUAUUUACCUUGUAUCAAUUGUA